ACUCUCUCUUAUUCAACUCUUCUUGAAGAACUUGAAGUUAAUAAUGUUAGAGAAUUAGAGGAUUUAAUUAUUGAGGCAAUUUACAGAAAUAUUUUACAUGCAAAAUUAGAUCAAAGCAAUCAUCAACUUGAGAUCGACUCCUUUAUUGGGCGGGACAUACAGUUGGAGCAGCUGGACAAUAUGCUGGAUAAACUAGACCAGUGGUGUUCGAAUUGUGCGUCUGUGAUACAAAUAAUGGAGCAGGAGAUGGUACGGGCAAAUGAAUUGAAAAGUAACAACAACAAGCAGAAGGAAUCACUUGAACAAGAGAUCAAGUCUCUACGACAGGCUGUAUCAGUAGCACAAGACUUUGACCAGCAGACGACAUCAUCUUCUGAAGCUUUUGAUAGUCAGCAUAAAUUUCAAAAGAAAGGGCUAAGAGGAAGCCUUGCAAGAUCAAAAUCAUGACUCUAUUAUUGUUAAUUUAUUAAUUCUAAGUAUAAACUACAUGCAUAGUUGUGUUGUUAAAUUUCCUAUUACUGAUCAUUCAUAAAGUAUAGGGUGCCAUUUGAGUCAAAA